UUGAAAGUGAACAAGGGAAAAAGGAAAAAAAUGUUUGGUAUUUUGCCUUGUGCAUUCUUAAAAAAUCCUCAAUCACACUGUUCCUAAUCUCUUCUGGAGUUGCCGAACUUCCAAUUUCAAUACAUG